CUCUUUUAUCCCCCCAACUAUCAAUCUCUCAACCAUAAUCCUCACAACCACAAUCUCACAAUACUUACCGUCAAUCAACCACCAUGAAGCUCCCCCUCCUAGCCCUACCCUUCCUAACCUCCCUCGUCUCCGCCCACUUCAGCCUCAACUACCCACCCCCCCGCGGCGAAAACAAAGACGACAUGCACACCUUCCCCUGCGGUGGUCUCGCGCAGUCGUCCAAACGCGCCCCGAUCGCCAUCUCCUCCGACGGCAAGGCCACGUUCCCUGUCGCGGUGACAAUGGGCCACGCGCACACGGCGCUUGAGAUUCUCCUCGCGCUGGGUGCCAAUCCAUCUGAUAACUUCAACAUCACGCUGCACCCGACCUUUGGCGUUAUGGGCCUCGGGUCGUUUUGUAUCCCUGAUGUGGUGGUCGAUGAGGCGCUCUUGGGGACGAAGGUGGUAGAUGGGAUGAAUGCUACGCUGCAGGUGCAGUCGAAUGGGGAUCCUGCGGGGGGGUUGUAUACUUGCUCCGACAUCCAAUUCUCCUCAACAUUCACCAUCAGCAAAUCCACCCCCUGCCAAAACAACACCGGUAUCUCAGCCGUGCCCUUCACCGGCGCCAGUGCCGAGCGCAACGCCAACGAGUCUACCUCAAGCGGUGAUCCCCAAGGUGGUACCGACGACAGCCAUAACGGGAACCAUAGCGAUAACCAUGACAGUAGUGGUGGCUCAUCGACGCAUGGAAGCUCGCCUACUUCUACUUCUGCGGCUGGGGGUGUGGCGAUGGAGACGGCUGCGUGGGGUAUGCUGGGUGCGAUGGUUGUGGGUGGUAUUGUUGUGCUUUAGGGUUGACUGGCGAGUAGUUUUGUUUUGUGUUAUGUGUGUUUGCUUGACUCGUGCCCUUGAUUUGGGGAGAUACGCGUAAGUCUGGUCAGAGGUAUUCUAUCCAAAAUCCCAUAACAAAAG